AUGCUUGUCACCUGGAAUCUACAUGAGGAUGAAGGGAAAGAACCUAAGACAGGUGUAUUUUUGAAGUUCCUUCCUCCUAUAAUGGACUACAAUUCACCGAAUGAGUAUAAUGAAGACACAGGACCAAAAUUAAAUCCACUUUUAGAAAAUCAACCAAAGCCUCCAAGGAAGCGAAAACGAGAAAUAUACAAUCCGAACAUGUACAAAAAGCUCAAUAAACAUAUAGAAAAUACACCAAAGAGACUUCUCAAUAUGGAAGUAAAGUACCUUGUAAAAUACCUCACUGAUUCGUGUGCCGAUGAUGUGGCAAAGGUUCAUGCUCUUUUUUAUUGGAUUACUUCGCAAUCAUUUCUUGUUUAUCCUGAUGAAAAUUCAAAGAAAUAUUCAGCAGUUUGGCAUUUGAAGAAAAUAUUUAAUGGAGACGGCAAUUUUGCUCAUUUCUUUUACAUACUUUGUUGGCAUGCUGAUAUCCCUUGCAUCAUUAUUAGUGGUUUUACAAAAAAUAGCGCUUACGAGAUUGGUUUUCCUUUCGUCACUGCCGACAUGGCGGCUCAGUGGAAUGCAGUUUUCGUGAAAGGUGACUGGCGUUUCGCGAGUAUCCAGUGGGCCUGUCUCUUUGCAAAUGGUCCAAAUGACUGGAAAAAAGUUCUUCUUGUGACCGAAAACGAAUUCACUUCCGGAGAAAACACAGCUUCUGAUCAACACAAAGAUUACAACAAUUACCCAAUCCCACCGAAACCAAAGACAAAAAAAGAAUAUUUUCAUCGUGUCAAUGAUUAUUAUUUCCUCACAGAUCCAGACGAAUUCAUCUGGACCCACUUCCCGAACAGAAGGCAAUGGCAGUUGCUCGAUAAUCCCAUCACACUUGAAAUGUUCCUGAACCAUUUUUACGUGCGGGAACAGUUUUAUCUUCUCGAUAAACACCAAAAGUUACUACAACUGGGAAAAUACGAAGUAAAAGACAACCGAUUUUUUCUUACUUUACAUUUGAUGUCUGAAGGAACUUACAAGUUGGAUAUAUUUGGAAGUAAGAAGGAAAACUGCGACUUUUAUUUGAUUUGUUCUUAUAUUAUCAAAUGUUCCUCUACCGAAAAACGUCCGGAAUUACCGUGGAAAUUCUUCCAGGGUUACGGUUCUGAUUUUAAUCCCUUAAAGAAAAAAAUCAAAACGAACAAAAGCCGCAUCAAAUUACCAUUCCCGAUCAAAAAAGACGUUACCCUUACGCACUCAUUGACUAGCAGAGGAAAUGUAUUGAAAGGAUGCAGCCUACUGCGCAUGAUCGAUGAAGACGACGAAUCCGAAUUCCUGACAAUGAUAAUUGAACUAAGACUACCCGAGCCGGGAAAUUACUUUCUCAGUCUUUAUGCAAAGAAAGAUACAGAACAUGAAACUCUCUGCGACUACUGUAUAAUAUAUAAGGAAGACACUGAAACCUCCUCGUCGAUGCUUGAAGGCUCCGCUACCAAGGAUACUGAGGAAAAGAAGGUUGUCGUUUUGUCCCAUCCAGGCUCAUUUAUUCAGACCAAUUUGGACACUUUAAAGAUUCUUUUCCGUUCGAAGUAUCAACUUAGUUGCAAGCUGAUCGCACACGAUGCCAGCGCUAAUGGCAGCAAGAAAACUUCCGUUUUGCAUGAUAUGGCCACCAAAGAAUGUCAAUUUAAUGUCACCAUUCCGACUUGUGGUGAUUACACUUUGAAGAUCUUUACGACGUUCGGAGAUGUGGAACUUGUAGGAGACGGCGCUGGUCAGUUUUAUGAACUUCAUUCCUACAGCAUACAGAAAAUAAAUCCAGACCAAUUUUCAAUUCGUUCGGUUGACAGAAGACAAUCGGCUUCAGUCCACAUUUUGGGGACAUUCGAAACUUACGAAUCAGUUAUCAAUAUUGCCCAAAACGAUGUUACGGACGAGACUUUAGCGGUUUUUCAAUCUCAAAACGAGGCAGCCUUAUGUAGCCAUCUUAUCAACAUUUUUAACGUGGAAGACGUAUCUUAUAUUCAAGCAACCUUACCCCAAAUCGGAGACUAUCUUUUAAGUCUGUUAGAAAAGGAUAACGCAACUGGACUAAUUAAGAGCGUCACUCGUUAUUUGUUGAGACGAAGACAAAAGGACGUAGAGAAGAAAACCAAGGAAUUCCCAGAGGAUAAAAACGCUGCACUUCAUCAGCCGAAACGUCCUUCGAUAUCUACGUAUAAUAAUCGGUCUGUAGCGUCGGUUGGUGUCGAGAAGUCUGCUGAUCCGAUUAAAAGAGAUCAACAGUCGAAAACAGAUGAACCAGUGAAAAUGAAAGAUGCACUAGGAACGGCAGACAACACGCAAAAGAUGCAGCAACUUGAGCAUGCCAUUAUGAAACGUGAUAUUGACCUCCUAAAAUCGGCUAUUAUUUGUUCAAAAAAGCACGUGAAAAGUGAUAUUUUGAACCAAGCAAAGAAAUUGUUGGAUCUGCUCCAAGCUAAGAAGGAUCUAAUUGAAGCAUACCAAUCUCGAAAGAAAGAAUUAUUGGCUACGGCUUUAGAAGAAGCCAGAAGAUCCUCAUCUGCUUGCAUCCGUCUGUCUCUCAUCACUAGUACAUUCACAUCUAUAUCACUCUCACUCAUUUACGCCAUUUUUUCUCACUCGCUGUUUGAAUCUUUCAAACACACACAGAGUUCGUAUUCAUCUGUUGAUUAA